CCGACAGCAACACCCGUCGGUGGCAGCGGUUUAAGUAGUUGAACCGCGCUUUAAAGCGAACGCACUUAAGCUACAGCAGCGGUACGAGCAGCAGCGGCGUGCUUUCGCAGCAGCAGCAGCAGCAGCAAAACUUCUUCGACAGGAAGUCGCGUAGGGAGAGGAAGCUGGAUAUGCAGUGUGAACGGCUUUAAAGCAACGGCCUAACUUUUCAACAAAAAACAAACAUCACACAACCUGCCACACUCCUUCACCUCGUCGUUCGGAAGAGAGAGAGAGAGAGAGAUCGUGAGUGUGUGCAAUCGAACCUACGUGUGUGUGAGCGAGUAUAGUGUGCGUCUAUUGUGCGUGCGUGUGUGUGUAUCUCGAUAGUGUACGCUUGCAUCUUAGCCGAUCCAAGUAGACCUGUGCCAGCCGUGGGAGCAUCGACACUUCAUUUUGUGAUAGAAAUUCAACGUUGUCGGUUGUUGGGCGCGCUAAAUUCGAACCUCUUUGCUCAUAAUCUCACGCAGGUGUUGUGGAACAAGAAACCCCACGAACUCCUCCAAAUUGUGCUAGUAGAAACGCCGCGUGUGUAAAGUGACGUCCAUCUUUUAAUUUUACUCCCUACUUCGUGUGUGUGAAAGCAAACUCCCUGUAAAAGAAGAAAAAGAUGGCUCUCCGCGUCGUGGGACUGUUCAUCCGCCAGGAGCUGUCCGGGCUGGCCGGCAAACCGUCGGUGCGCAUGAUCAGCACCAGCCGCGGCCCGAACUGUGCCCGGAUCCUGGAGCACUCGCCGAACGCGCACCUCAACAAGACGCUGCUGGACCGGUACACCCGGCUAAAGUACGACCCGAAGUACGUGCAGGCGACCUACGUCUGGAUCGACGGCACCGGCGAGAACGUCCGCCUAAAGGAUCGCGUCCUCGACUACGUGCCGAAGGCGCCGGAAGAUGUGCCCGCGUGGCAGUACGAUGGCAGCUCCACCUACCAGGCGCUCGGUGGCAACUCGGACAUGAAGCUGGUGCCGCGCGCGCUCUACAAGGACCCGUUCAAGGCGGGCCCGAACGAUGUGAUCGUGCUGUGCGACACGUACCAGCCGGACGGGAAGCCGACGGCCUCGAACCACCGUGCCGCCAUGCAGGACGCGUACAACCGCACGAAGGAUCUGGAGCCGUGGUUUGGCAUCGAGCAGGAGUACACCUUCCUGGACAUUGACGGGCGUCCGCUCGGCUGGCCGGUGGGUGGGUUCCCGGGACCGCAGGGCCCGUACUACUGUGCGACCGGGGCGCAGAAUGUGGUCGCUCGCGACAUUGCCGAGGCGCACGCGGUCGCCUGCCUGUACGCGGGCGUCCAGUUUGCCGGCACGAACGCGGAGGUCAUGCCGGCCCAGUGGGAGUACCAGGUCGGACCAGCGCUCGGUAUGAAGUGUGCCGACGAUCUGUGGCUGUCGCGCUACAUCCUGUGGCGCAUUGCGGAGGAUUACGGCGUGGUCGUGACGUUCGAUCCGAAGCCGAUGGAGGGCAACUGGAACGGAGCGGGCGGACACUGCAACUUCUCCACCAAGCCGAUGCGGGCGGAGAACGGUAUUAAGGCGAUCGAGGCCGCGAUCGAGAAGCUGUCGAAGAAGCACGACAAGCACAUUAAGGCGUACGAUCCGCGCGGAGGAAAGGACAACGAGCGCCGGCUGGUGGGCCGGCUCGAGACGUCGUCGAUCGACAAGUUCAGCUGGGGCGUGGCGGAUCGUGGCACCUCGGUGCGCAUUCCGCGCGGUGUGGCGGACGCGAAGAAGGGCUACCUGGAGGAUCGCCGCCCGAGCUCGAACUGUGACCCGUACGCGGUGUGCAAUGCCAUCCUUACCACCUGCCUGUUGGACGAGUAAGCGGGGCGGUGGGUGAACGAGUGUGUGUGUGUUUGAAUGUGUAUUGUGUGUGUGUGAGAGCCGAUCGACAUUUUCUCCCGUUUUUUGUGUUGGCACUCCCUCCGCUCCCACCACACGCGUUUGUUUCCCUUCUGCUAAAUCCCACCGCUGCUCCUCCAGCAUAAAGAAGGCAUGACGCAAUCAAGCCUGUGCAAGAUCGAUCGAAGCCUUUCCUCCCCCCCCACAAGACAACAAGGAAGAAGGGGCGAACACACCCAAGAUGGGUUCUAUGUAUACGGUUUAUUUUUUGCUUCAUUUUUUCUUUUCUAAACCAAACUUUCCAAUUGUGUUUGGCCGAAAGGACUCAUGACUUAGGCAAUGGAAUGGUGUUGGGCAAAACAUGUCAAGACUUUCACCGAGCGAACUCGAUGGACUGAUAAUGACGGUGGAGAUGUAUAUUUGUGAGAGAUGCCUUUUUAAUGAACCCGCUUUUAUAUAAAGAUGUGUGUGUGUGUUUUGUGUGUUUUUACAAGAAAAAAAAGAUCGCAACGAAUGUAUUUCUAUUUUACAAGCAAAAUCGUUAAACGAAUUGUACAAAAAAAGGAGCCAUUACAGAGUAGAAGGAGCAAGAAAAACUCCUCACAGAAAGAGUAAAAAUGCUUCAUUUGCUAGGAAUUGUGCAUUUCGUUGUUUUUUUUUUGCUUUUUUGUUUUGUCUUUUUAAUCAGCAGCAACGCGCUUACGUUUUCAGCAAUGAAGCUUGGUUUUACUCAUUGGCAAAAAAGCGUCUUAUGAAAGAGAAAGAGAGAUAUGUGUUUGCAACGAGCAAGGGACAGGAUGUGCAUUAUUAUUUUUCGUUUUUUUAUAUAAUGGAGGCUGUAAACUCAACCGGGCAGACGAAAAGGGAAAGCGAUGAUACUUAGCUUGGAAGCAAAAGGGGCAGAAGACGAUCGUACGCAAAUAUUCCGAAUACACAAACAUAGGACACAUUUUAUUUUCCGGUAAGCGUAAAGACAGGUGGGAGCGCGAUAUUUUAAUGGGUGUGUGAGAGAGAGAGAGGGAAGUUAGAGAAAAAAAGAGAAAAGAAAAACAAGAUAAAAAGCGAGCAAGAGAGAAGUCAGAGAAAAAAAAGGAAAACAAGAUUAAAAGCGAGAGAGAGAGAGAAAAAAAGAUAAGAAAAAUUAUCGUAGCUGUUAAAAUAACUUGUUGUUUAGAAUGUAAGUGCAGUUGAAGUGUAAGAGCGUGUUAUAUCAGCAAAAUAAUGUGGGCAAACGCAGAAAGUAAAGAAGUAAAGGUGGACGAAAGCAAAAUAACACAAAAAUAAUAAAUCCAACCAUCACGUUAUGCAAAAACAAA